UCUGCCUUUUGCUCUGCUAGAAGCAGAUCCAAUUGAUGCUGCAAAGGCUUCCAAAGCAGCUUUCUAUCCCAUUCAUUUUUAUUUCUUUUUUAAAAGCCCAGCCUAAAUGGAUGUAUAUGUGUAUGCAUAUAUUCAUGCAUACAUACUGCGCGUCGGAAGCUGUUUUUUUUCCCCCUAUGGCUUAUUUUGUGUUCUGUUAAAUGCUUAUGCUGGUGUCUAUACUGCUACUGCUGCUGGCUCACACGGCUCAGACUCUCCUUAGCUCUAGCUUCGGAUUGGUCUCUCUCUUAAAGUGCUGGCCAAGGGUUGGUUGCAGGGACUGCUGAAUAACAGGUGCAUUUUGCUGCUCUGUCGCCUUUGAAAGAAACAGCCGAAGAACGCUGGUGCAUCUGUUCUCUAGCUAAGAGAGAAGCGGAGGAGAGAGAAAAGGCAGCUCCCGUGUACAGGAAUGUGGUGCCUAAUCGAAUAGACGGAAAAGGGGGGGGACACACGGAUGCUUGGGAAAAAAAGGAAAAAAAAAGAAGGCUGGUGUAUCUGCACAGGAGGCAGGCGAGAGAGGAGAGCAAAGUGAAGAGAUGCUCGGAUGAAUAUCACGUUAAAUCUUGGAUGGAUGGAAUUUUUUUAGCUGAUUCAGCACUGUUUUUUUUUUUUUUCUUCUUUUCUUUAUGCUUUGUACGAGAAUCUAAUGGAGGAAUGUUUGUUUGUUAAUUAUCUGUGACAUUUGAAUGCUGGGAUUGAUAUCCCUUCCUUGUGGGGAGCCUACUUAAGUGCUGAUGAUCCAGCUUCUCGACGCUCAUGUAUUUUGGGGGGUGAAAGGAAUAUAGGAUGAGCGAAGGGGCUGCCUCCACCUCACCACCUGUACGUCCAGCAGCUGCUGAAGAGGCUGCAGGUGGAAACACUACAGAAGAAGAGGAUGGGGCACCAAACCCUCGGGAGGUGCGGUGUAGUGACUGCAUUGUGUGGAACAGGCAACAGACGUGGCUAUGUGUAGUGCCUCUCUUAAUUGGAUUCAUUGGCUUGGGUCUGAGUCUUAUGCUUUUAAAGUGGAUCGUAGUGGGUUCUGUGAAGGAUUAUGUCCCUCCCGAUUUAAUGGAUUCCAAGGGUAUGGGCCAGGACCCAAUUUUCCUUUCGAAACCGAGCUCUUUUCCAAAAAGUAUGGAGACUACAACCACCACCACCACCACGAGGACUCCCAAUCAAAUUAGCACCCGUUUAACCACUACCACCCGGGCGCCAACUCGUAUCCCGGGAAGCAGAGUGCCCAUCCGGCCAAACCCUAGAACCACAACUGUGCGCCAUACGGUUGCCCCUCCUACAAUUCUCUCCACCACUGUCCCCCCUAGCACGACCACUUUUGCGUCACGCCCACUUCCAGGGACCCCCAACACAGAGCCAAUGCCCAUCUGGCCCACCACGGAAUAUUCUACCUCUACCUACAAAAUUUUUCUCCAUGUUUCCACCCAGUCUUGGACACAGUCUCGGUUUCAGGAGUCUACCACUCUGGAAACGACCACUAUGCCCAAAUAUCAUACUACCACCUAUUUCACAGAGCGAUCUGAGCACUUUAAACCUUGUAAAGAUAAGGACCUUGCCUACUGCUUGAAUGAUGGUGAAUGUUUUGUGAUUGAAACCUUAACAGCAUCUCAUAAACAUUGCCGGUGCAAGGAGGGCUACCAAGGUGUGCGUUGUGACCAGUUCCUCCCGAAAACUGAUUCAGUGUUAUCAGACCCAACAGACCAUUUAGGAAUUGAAUUUAUGGAGAGCGAGGAGGUAUACCAACAGCAAAUCCUGUCAAUCUCCUGCAUCGUCUUCGGCAUUGUAGCUGUGGGUUUGAUUUGUGCAGCCUUCUACUGCAGGACAAAAAGACAGACAAAAAUUAUCCAAGAGCAGCUGAAAGAAACACAAAAUGGGAAAAACUAUAGCCUUCAUGCAUCCAGUUUGUUGGCAAAGGCAAAAAGCUUUGGAGAAAAUAGAGUCCAACUGCAUAAUUAUACAAAGUCUGAGCAGAAUCCCGAGCCAAUAAGAGAGAAUGUCAUGGAAUCCAGCUUCUCUGAAACACAACCAUUCUCAGAGUCUGUGCAGGUGGACAGAGGAAGUCAGUCAUUGAAGCAUCAUCGGAACCUUUCAACGUGCUGUAGUCCCAGCCAAAGGAGUAGGAUGCUUCAAAGAAAUGCCUUUCGGAGAACUCCCCCUCUGCCCAGAGGUCGCCUCAAUGGGAUUACAGGACCAGCAUAUCAGCAGCUGGAGGAGCCUGGGCUUAUAGAUCAGGACACAAUACCUUGCCAAGGGUGUUCCUCAGCUGAUUUGAACCAACCCCUGGACAAUUCUAGAAAUAUGCAACUGCAUUCAAAAGAUACACAGUCUUAUUUUAAUAAAAAGACUCAAAAGGACUGUGUCAGCUUUUCGACAUCUAGGGCCAGUUCCAUACCAAUCAUACCUUCGGUGGGGCUAGAUGAUGCCUGCAUACAAAUGCAGAAUGCUACUGAAGUGCCGGGCAUCAAACUGUGCAAAAACUCCUAUUCCACUGAACUUGUGAAGGUGAACAUUGUACCUAGCAACUGUCUUAUAGCAGAACAAAAGGAGGUAAAAAUUUUGCUUGAAACUGUACAAGAGCAGAUACGAAUUCUGACCGAUGCCAGAAGAAGAUCUGAGGACUUGGAAUUGGCCAACAUAGAGACCGAGGAAAGCGCCAGUGAAAACACAGCAUUCCUCCCUUUGAGCCCAAAAGCAAAAACUGAACAGGAGGCACAGUUUGUCUUAAGAAAUGAAAUGCAUAGGGACUCAACACUCCAUGUGUGAUUUUGGGAAUGGACCUUUCUGUCUGAUGCUUAGCCUAAAAGAAUAAAAGGAAAACAAAAAAAAGAUGAGAGGAUAUAAAUUAUUUAUAUGCAUUAAUUUAAGAGCAUCUACAUAGAAGAAACCAAAUAGUCUAUCGCCCUCAUAUCAUAGUGUUUUCUAAACAAAAUAUUUUUUUAAAGGAAAGAAAAGUUCAAGGAGAGGCAAAGCAAACACUGGGCACACUGAUGUGUUAAAUUAUAUAUUAUGUUGAUUUCUUACCCCUGCUGAAUUCUGGUGGUUAUGUGGAUGCACUGAUGUGAAAUGCUUCAACCUUACAGGUGCAAAGAGGUUUAAGCAGCCACAGGGGGUACUAUGAUCUUUUCACUCAAAGGGCCAAAAGCAUCAUCAUUCAGAAACCAUAAUUGUAUUUUGUUAUAUGAUUUUAUUGACAAUGAAGUAAAAUGCCACAAAUAUCCCAAUGAAACAAUUACAACAAU